AUGAUCACCCCACUUCAGAAACUAUCGACAUCAUUCCCUCAGUUUGUGUAUUUGGGUGAACAGUUACAACGCGUGGAUCCCAACGGACUGAAAUGUGCUGUUCAUGGAAUGUAUUUCACGAACACAGAUGCCAAAUUUUUAAAUGAGUUCUCCAAUCGCGCUUACGUUAUGAUGCAUUUACGUUUUGAUGGGCACUUUGGAUUUCCUGGCGGAGUUGUUGAUCCGGAAGAUGAAACGAUCGUUUCUGCUCUGAAUCGGGAGGUGGCAGAAGAAAUGGGGGCAACUCGAGCAGAUGUGGCUUUCAGAGAUGAAGACUUCGUUGUGGUACACCAGUGCACACGAUCGAAAUAUUUGCUUUACUUUUUCGCAAAGCGCGUAACGAUGGAUCAGUUCGAAUACUUGGAACAGACCACACUGAGGGCGGAAGAAUAUGGACGGGAAACAAUGGGGGUGGUUCGUGUCCCCAUUUAUACGAUGGAGGAGGGAUUCCGGGGACUCCCGGCCUUCCUCACUAACAGUUUUGCGGGUAACGCCAAGCUGCAGCUACUCUCAGGAUUGCUAGUGAGCAGCAUCCUAAGUUGGGAGGAAAUACACGGCGCUUUGCGAGCUUCUUGUCCUAGUUCUAUCUCAGCUUGA